ACCAUAAACGGUUGGUAAAUAAAUCAAAAUUAAAAACUUACUCAAAAUCGUUAAAUAAACAUAUAUUUAACGAUAAUAAUAUGUGAGGUGUUGCUUGGGUAUUAUCUAAUUUCCGAACAAAAUUAAUUUUUACACCUGCUAAAUAUUGCAGAAAUGUCACCAGUAAAAUCAAACGGAGUGAAAGAUGGCAAGUCGUCUGCAAAAAAUAAAACUCCCAAGAAGGAACUCAAAUCAAGAAAUAAUACUCCAAAUGCAAAACCCAAGCUUAAAUCUGAAAAGGGAGAUAAACCAGUCAGCACUCAAGUCACUUACAAACGAAUUAAAUUAUUCUCAAUGAUCUUCACCAUCGUUGCUGCUAUAUUGAUAAUCUUAUCCCUACACCUUCUAUGGACCUCAAUCAACAUCCGUUCUAGAUUUGGGUCAUAUUUGAACAUGAUCUCAAGUGGUGAGGGUGAGAUUCUUCCUACUCUACUCGCCAUACCUGUCGUCAUAUCACUCAUAUUAGACAUCACCAUAAUCGUAUUCGUUUAUAAACUGUUUGCAGACAAGCGGGAACCAUUGGCCAAUAAAAUAAUAUUUUAUUUGGUUUUGGGCACCUUGGCAGUCAUGGUGCUGACUUUAGUUACGAUCUUUGCUACUCUGGGUCACGUAUUUGGUUCCUCCAAACACGUGGAAGAUGGGAUUCGAGUCGCAAUGAGCAAAUAUGCCGUCAGUUCGUAUCAUAAGAAACAAAUCGAUCGAUUGCAGAUCGAAUUCCAGUGUUGCGGUAGCACUAAAUAUGACGAUUGGUAUAAUAUAAGUUGGUCGGAUCAAGCGAUGUCUUCGACGGAUUCUAUGCCCAGUAAAACGCCAUUUAGCUGUUGUAAAAUCAAAAGCAAAUUUCCAUGUAUUCAUUAUGCGAUCGAUUGCAUUGGCACCAGUUACCUCUACGUACCGGAAUUUAAUCUCAGUGUUUCAGCAACAGGUUGUCAUGCGAAAAUCAUCAAAAAGAAACGGAAAAUCGGCAUGACCAUUGUGGGAUAUUUGAUUUUGUUUAUAUGUUUAGAGGUAUUGAUGCUGGUUCCAGUAAGAUUCUUACAAACAGCUCAUUCAACAGAUUACAAAUUUGAUGAUGCUGCUAAAACUUAUACAGUAUGGCUAAUUGGUUCCAACCCCAAUGGUCCUGCUUCAACGCCUCUGUUAAAAAAAGAUGAAAAGGGUGGUAAGACGUCUCACUCCAAGGAGAGUGGCAAGGCGCCACCUCCGGUACCUCCUGUUCCUCCAGAAUUAAGGGAGUAGAUUUUAGAUUUUUUUACCAUAUUAGAACUAUAUUUAGUAAUAGUACUGACCUUCCGUAAUAUAGAAUUGGUUUUAAACA